AUGCCCUCGGGCAGACGGAUUUAUGUCUGCCAUUGCGGGAUCUUUUGCAAGACACCAACCGAGGUUUCUCAUACAACCUAUGCAAACCACCAGAGGGCAGUCGAAGCAGUGUCCGGCACUGUUCUCCCCGCAUUCCAGCCCACCUCUGCUGAACUACAAGCUGUGUAUGCUCAGAGGUCUGCUGAAAAUGCAGGCUUGGCAGCAUCAAGCUCUCGGAAGCGCAUGCUUGCCGGGCCCGAAGACAUGUCCUCUGGCUCCGGCUCUGGGACUGGUAAGCGGAGGAAGGCCGCCAAAAGAGCUGUAGCGGAAGACCAAGAGAUGCAUAUGCGUGCUCUAGAUGGUGCUUGGGACAGUCCAGUACCCCAAGAAGGUGUAUGGGCAGCCACGGCACAUUCAACUGAGAACUUAGGCAGUGACGAAGAAGAGCACGAGAGUGACCAUCUCCAUGCAAUCCUGAUCAGCACGGCAUAUCUGGUGACCAGCGCUACAUUUUGGAUACUUUCCACUAGAACAACUUCUGACUGGGACUGA